UCAUCAUCCGUAGCCAGUUUGGCUCAAGCCGCUCUGGCUCACGCGAUUUUGAGUCAGGCGUGGCCCCGGCCACAAGCGCUGACAUCCCGCCGGGCGCCGCCCCGCUGCACGGGCUCUGCCGGAGCCGUGCGCGGCCCUGCCCCACUUCGCCAGCACGCGUGUGGCAGCCAUGGUCGGACGGCUGCGCCCCACUUCGCCGUGGCAGCCAUGGACGGGCAGCGCGGCAGUAUUGGCGGCCGCGGCCUUGAUGUCCAGCCCGCCGCUCGGACUCGCAGCGGGUGGUGGCGGCGACAACAUCUUCGAGCUGAAGACCAAGAAGUUGGACAGCGCCCAGUUCUGGAUCAUCCUGGCGGGGAUGGUGUUCUACGGGCUGCUCAUCGAUCGCGUGCAGUACUUUACACAGCGGGCCGUCGAGAAUUCGCGAUGCAGCAAAAUGGUAUUCGAGAGGACUGUCACGGAGUUCAUGGUAUUCGGCAUCGUUGCCAUUACUAUGUUCAUAGGAACGAAUCUGGAUCCGCACCUCGACGAGAAGUAUCCGUACUGCACCACGCACCUCACUUACGCUGACGUUCUGGUAUCGUUCGCUGCCUGCUCUCUGAUCGUGCUGGGCGCACUCUACUCGUGGAUGCGGCACCGCACAGAGGAGCACCUGCAAGGAUUUCAGGGGGACGAGCAUAUGGACACUGUAAUCCCGAGGAUGGGAACCUGGAGACCGAUGAACCUCAAGCAGCAGAGCGUGUUCUUGGAGCGGAAGAACUUGACGACGUUCUCGUUCAAUUGGAACUUGUAUUUCCAGGAGUCCCUCGCUCACCAAAUCUGCAAUCUCAUCAACAUUACUUGGGUUACAUGGCUCGUCACAUUCAUCGUCUUGCUCCCAAUGGUAGUCUACAAGGGUUUUCUUGAUACAGACGCAGCCAAGACGGCAGCUUACAUCAAUGGAUUUCUCUUCACGACCUGGUUUUUUCUUUUGCUCACUUUGGCUACUGUGAUUCAGAUUAGGCUUCUCCGUGGCAAACUGUACGCGGCAGUGGACGGGUACCUCAAAGCGACCCGCGUAGAUGAAGUGGACGAGGACAGCGAGGACGAGGACAGCGAUACCGAUAAUUUGGAGGUUGUUGACAAGAGCAUGGAAUGGUGGAGCGACUUCUUGGCGUGGCUAAUGCAGUUCGAGUCAUUGUGCAUCUGUUUCAUAUUGGGCAUGUACGUCAUGCACCUCUCAUACAACCUGAAAGUUUAUGGACACGAUCUGAGCUACCCCGUGCUGUGGUACCACCUUGGCUUCCUGCUCCCGCUCCUCUUGUCCCUGGUGGUCUUGUUCCCCCUGGGCCUGGUGGAGCUUACGUCGAUCCAGGCCUUCUCCGCGCCCGACCAGGAGGUGCUCCACACGAUCAUCGCCGAGACCCGGCAGGCUCACACGGACCUCGUCUUCAUCCAGAGCAAGAUCAUGAGCUUGGGAUCUUCCAAGACGGAGGCGGCCCAGGAGAAGGCGAGGACCAUACUGAUCAACGCGAACGGAGGUGACGAUACUGUGAAGAGGAUGGACAUGAUAGACCUCUUGGUCUCGAUCGAUGUCCACUUGACGAAGCAGCGCAGCUUGGCCGUCUUCGACCUGGUGGACCAGGAACACGAGGCCACCGGCGUCACGCGCAACAACACCGUGGCACUGAAGGUGAAGAAUUGCCUCGAGGACGCGAUUGACGUCCAGGUCCCCAUCGACGACUUACUGGACAGCGCUGCCAGAGCCACGAUGGACGGCAACCUCGAUAACAUCUCCGGCUCAUCCACCGUAAAACGUGGAUUUGCGGCUGGCUGUGCGACCUUGUUGGGCCGCCACAGUUUGCUGCAAAAUGGCUUGAGCCAAGUGGCGAAGGCGGAGGAGGUGGUGGAGAACUAGUAGAUGGGGAGGUCCACCUUGCACCAGGAGUGCAUCGGUCGGCCGUCUUCUUUGUCCUCGCGCAGCCUACAGUCGGGGCCCUGAAGAGGGAACCCUUUUCGUUGGGGAGGAGCUCCGCGUUCCUUGAGCGUUUCGCAGCUUGCCUCAGGUUUUCC